CGACACGUAAACGUCGGGUGUUCGUCCUCAUUUCUAGGAUAUACAUAGUGGCUUGUGCGUAUUAUUGUGGACACAGAGGCCAAAGCUUUAAAGAUGGGUACAGGAAACAUCUAUUUUAGAACAGUUCUAGUCGCAAUGCUUACGGAGUUUGCUGUCAGCCAGAACUACUGGGAAGACACACGAACUGGGAAAAUCCCUGCCUGUCUAACUGCGACGUGUGAUCGCGGUCAAGAUGUCUGUGAGUGUUAUCUCACCAUUGAACAUCGUUUAUCAAUGAUGUACGAAGAGUCACAAUCGUUUGUGAUUCCAUCAGGGGGUCGUCUGUACGAGUACAAUAAACUGAGCACUCCCAUAGAAAACACAGAUGAACUGCCGUUUAUCUUGACGGCAGACGGCAACAACUCUCGAAUUGUUAUAGCUGUAAAUCGGCGAUUUCCGGGUCCACAAAUUACGGCGUACGAGGAUCAGACUUUGAUCAUUCACGUCCGAAACCUGAUGCACACAGAUAGUACUACCAUUCACUGGCAUGGUCUGCAUCAGAAAGGGACCACCUAUUCUGACGGCGUCGCGUUCGUUUCGCAAUGUCCCAUAGGACACGGCCAGGAAUUCACAUAUAAGUUCCAAGCUAAGCCGCAUGGUACCAGCUUCUAUCACGCUCACAUCGGUGAUCAGAGGACUAUGGGACUGUAUGGACCCCUCAUCAUCUACCCUAAACAGGAACUCCCUUCGACAACAAGGGCAGAACACGUGGCGGCGCUUCAGGACUGGAACCACGACGAUGAUGCUGCCACUUUAUACCAACGUAUGCUGUAUGGCGUUUUCUAUCAAUCGAGUCGAUCUCGGUAUGAACCAACUUCAUCUAAAGACGGAGGAAUGUACAGCAGGUUUUUGUUUCACUCUGGUCUGGUGAAUGGGAAAGGCCGCUACUACAUAAAUAGUGACACACACAACCAGGCUCCCUUGACCCAGUUCGACGUAUCUAGGAACAAGUGGUACACUUUCAGGGUUAUCAGCGCAGCGACUCUUUAUCCUUUUCUUGUUUAUGUUACUGGCCAUCCUAAACUCACGCUUACCGCAUCAGACGGUUUUGCAAUUCAGGAGAUGGUUGUGGACGCUUUCAUUAUCCAACCUGGAGAAAGAUAUGAUUUCAAGAUAUUUACAAAUCAGUCCGAUGGGAAUUACAUGCUUGUAGCUAGGACACUGGAAAAAGAUCAAUUCCAUGUAGCGGAGGCUAUAAUCCACUAUAGAAAUGCAGCGGUCAACUUUAAUCCAGAUAAACCUGCAUCACUUAGUUGUUCCACGGGAAUAAAAUGUAAGAUAUUCAACUGUCCCUACCUUAGUCCUGUCAAUGGUGACGAAGACUGUUUAACGUAUAAUGAUGCACGGACAAAUGAUUUCAAUUCGAAACCAGAGGAGGUUGCUACCAUAGAUUACGAAUGCUUCUUUAACUUUGCUUUCCCUGGAGAGGUCGGCUAUACUCCUGCAGCCGUAAACGGUCGUCAAUUUGUACCGCCCAUUGCACCACUGUAUUCACAGCCGGAUGACCUAACUACCGCGUGUCCAGCUAACUGUGCCGACAAUAACCUCUGUUCUUGCACAUACACACAGGAAAUUGAGAAUGGAAAGGUAUACCAGUUCACAUUAACCAACCUGGGGAACGGAAAAGGAUGGUCACACCCGGUACAUUUACAUGGACAUUCAUUCUAUGUUAUGAAGAUGGGUUUUGGCAAGUUUGAUUCAAAUGGAGUUCUGUUCGAUUCGACGUCCGACAUCUCCUGUGAGAUUGGAUCGAAAGGCUAUUGCAACAAACCUGUCUGGGCUAACACCACCUGGAAAGGAGGUAACAUCCCUGGAAUCGUCCUCAACAAUACCGCACAGAAAGACACAAUAAUCGUCCCUACUGAUGGCUACGUCGUCAUCAGGUUCAAGGCAGACAACCCAGGGGCCUGGUUCUUCCAUUGUCACAUCGACCUCCAUAACACAAACGGAAUGGGGAUGGUGAUCAUCGAGUCGCCGAAAAUGUAUCCCGCCAUACCAAAGAAGUUCCCGGUCUGUGGAGCCUUUCAGACAAAUAACAAAGCACUGCCGGUGUCAAAAGCUGGUACCAUGCGAGCAUUGGACUGGAUGCUUGGCUGGAUAACUGUCACUCACGUCAUAAGUAAAUUGGUGAUAAUGUAGGGAACAAAUCGGCUGCUAGUCGGUAACAAAAAUGUGUUAUACGACAUAGCUCGUCAGAAAAUUACCAAGGAGACGUGGUACCAAUCUUUGAAGACGGACUUAAAAAUAUCUUAUAUUGUUAAAUGAACGUGUGCCUAACGAUGCUGUCAUUACAACCCUUCAAAUAUGAAAACAGAGACAAGCUUUACUUUCCUGAAUCAGCGUCGGCCAUGUCGGUGGGGGGUAACUAUACAGUUACCUACCAUCGGUUCUGUACAGUGAUUAGUAAAAUCACUACAUCACCGACAAGAAGUGAUAUGCUUCGAGAGAUUUAGGUUGAUAAAGGCCAGUGACAAAGCUUCAUGGUCGAAUUAUAAAAAAAAAUAAUUUAACUCCCUUGUGUGAUAUGAAUCAGACGUGUUCUAUGUUUGUCGAUAUGCCAAGUGGUUCAGUUGUCAUCAUCCAAACUCUCAUUUUGAGAAUGUGACAUUACUCCGAUUUGACCCAGAUUUGUAUGGCGUGUGUGUUGCCAAUGAAGCAAAAUUGAGACGCUUACUUUUCCAGAACACCUGGUCUUGUACAUUAUCAAGGGUCUCCACGCAAAUCUAUAUAUUUUUGUUUGUAUUUUCGCCUCGUUUUAUCGAUUUCGAGAUGUCAGUAUUCUAACAUUCAAAGAAAAUGUAUCGGAUGGAGACAAAAACGCUUUCUUCCACAUGUCGUCUCCAUUAGCCUUGAUCUCUUGAAUUCCACUGCUGUCAGUUCACGUCAAAAGUGUCAGCUUGAAUUAUGCAACUGAUAACAUAUUUCAGCAAUACCUAUAAAUAAACACCUACCACUAUGAAGUAUUCUAUUUCUACACAGAAUAUUUCCUAAAAACUUAUAAAACUGCUUAAUAAAUAGAGGAUAUCUAGCAGUGUCUUGUUAAUACCAAAUAUAUUUCACGAAUGAGGCUAAUAUUUUGAUAUUUUUCAAGAGUGCGUAACACGAUGAAAAAUAUAAAACAAAUGUGAGCUGCAUGAGUGAAAUAUAUUUGGUAUUGCUGAAGAUACUGUUAGACAUUCUGUUUAUUAUAUCUUUUAGCAAAACAUACUUGGACAGCUUUAAAAUUCUCCUAUUGUCGUUUGUAAGCCGCGAUUUGAUUGGUCAAAUCAGGAAAAGUGAUUUUUUUUUUCAUUAGUGAAAAAUAUUACUUUUGUAGAAUGAAUAAUGUUCGAUAUUUAACUGAUAAAAAAACAAUGAAAAUCUAUAUCAUCACUGUAUAACGUCUUUAAUCUUAAAAUUGUUCUUGGCUAAUAUGGGGGUUUCUUUUUCAGCUUUGUUUUUUUUCGGUUCAAAUCCAACUGAUAUAAGGUAUAAUAAGUGGGUAUUGUAUGUUCUGCAGUAUACUUCACGUCUUCAAUACAAUGUUAAUUUAAAGACAUUUGACAACAGUUAUUGUAUGCGAACAAAACUCGGCGCAUUGAAAUUCUGUAUUGGGCUUUCCACAAGAGCGUUUUUGGUGACGUAUAAUUCUGGUUAAGUAAGUUGUGAGUUAUAUGUAAAUUUACGUAUUUGAUAUAUAUUAUGUUUAGUAAAAAAAAGUGUCUCGUUUAUCAUACGGACGUAAAAACAAUAGUUGCUCGAUAAAAGAAUUGUUUUCGUGGUGGGUACCUAUAUGGAAUGAUAGGUAAGGACGACAGUUUGAUGUUUAUCUUGUUUUGUUUUUGUAUAUUAUGUAUACUAAAUCCAAGAGUAGCAUGCUUUUUUAAUUUUAUAUCAAUGUGUAUCGUGUUUGUGUAAGAUUUAUAUCAAUGUGUAUCAUAUAUCUUAUUACAUUUAUAUCAAUGUGGAUCAUGCUUUUAUAACAUUUACAUCAAAUUGUAUAAUGUUUGUAUUACAUUUAUAUCAAAGCGUAUCGUGAAACGGGAACUGUUUUUCAUGUGUAUUAAUAUGUAACUGAUGUAAUGUGUGGAAGAUCAGCACGUGAAACGGUGUUUUCAGACUUUACUGAUAGUGUUUUCAUUCGGAAUAUGUUUAUAUAAAGAAUCAACACUAAGGAAUGAGUAUCAUAUUUGUAUUACAUUUACAUCGAUGUACAUCACAUGUGGAAAUUAACAAAUUCCUUCCAGAUUAUUUUUGUGAUAUACUCCCAAUGCUGUAUCGUGCAGCGUAAUACUAUCUUCAAAAUGUAGGUUUUAUACUACAUGUUUAUUUAGACCAUAGGUUUCUUUUUUCAUAUGUACAGCACUAUAGUAGCUUCUUAUUUGAUUAAUAAGCCUCAAUUGGACAAUGUUGUGUUUUCAUUUAGUAUCUCUGUAGGCUGAAGACAAGAUACAGUAGGAGUAUUGUGUGAAAGUGGUAAUAUAGAGGGAUAUCUGCAUCACAGACAUGGUGUCAGGGCCAGAGGAAACUCGGGCUAAUAGAUUGGUAUCGGUAUUUAGUUAAAUAGCCAAGACCUAACGACAUUUUUACGUUCCCGAUCUAAUCUAACACCAAACCGACUAUAUUAUUAGCAAUAUAAUUUACUUUUAACCUAUUUAUACUGUUCGAAACUGUUUUUGCUUGGAUUACGUAAUCACCUUAUGACGUCACGUUGAACUGUAUAAACGCUAUAAAGUUGUUGUUUUUCUUCUUCUCGUUUUCUGCAUAUUAUCAUUUAUAUUAACACAUUCCUAAAGACAAUUUUGUAAAACGCCAUACUAGAAAAACUUGAUAAUCAAAACGAUUUAUUAAAUGCAAGUAUAGCUCUUUAAUGGGUGUCGUAACUUUUAUUGUCAAAAGGAAUACUCUCUAGUUGUUAGAUUGUUGUCAUCAGCCACUGACAUUGCAUUCAUACUCAUAAUACAGACCACCGAAUGUGAGCAAUACAUAUAUAAAUCGUUGGGCCUGUUGAAUUUCAGAGCCGAUCAUGGUAAAUAUAAUGGAAUCACUCAUCCACAGAAAUAAAAUCAAAAAAAGACAUUUUUUUAUGAAAUUAUGAUAAACAUAUUUCACUUUAUUUUCAAUUAAACCACGUGAAAAUGGACUUCACGUUUUCCUUUAUGUGGUUUAUAUUUAUCGAUAUAUUUAUCUUUAUUUGGUAAGACCUCGUGUGGUGGAAUCAUAUGCAUUUCACCGUACAUUUAAGACUGACUAUUUUGGUAUAAAAGAGUAUCCUGUGCUUUAUUUCUGUGGUUUUUCUCCUUUGGUGAUGUUCACACAAAGCCGCAAAUCAAAUGAUUCACAUUACAGUGUUAUAUUUCAAAUUUUAUUUUUUUACCUUUAUCACUUUUAAGAUUGAGUGUUUCCUGGAAAGAGACAUGAUUCAUACUUUUAUCUGUUCAUGUAUUCGAAAAAUAAAGCCUUAAUCAAUUCAAA